AUGGAGACCAGCAGCCUUCGGCCCCCGCGACCCAGCCCUGGCUCGGCGCUGAGCCUGGAUGCCCGCCUGGGCCAGGACACCCGCCUGGGGGCCAAGGUGCUGGUCACCGCGCUCUACUCGCUCAUCUUCGCCCUGGGCUGGGCUGGCAAUGCGCUGUCCGUGCACGUGGUGCUGAAGACACGGGGCGGGCCCGGGGGGCGCCUGCGCUACCAUGUGCUCAGCUUGGCCCUGUCCGCCCUGCUGCUGCUGUUGGUCUGCAUGCCCGUGGAGCUCUACAACAUCGUGUGGUUCCACUACCCCUGGGUCCUGGGCGACCUGGGCUGCCGGGCCUACUACUUCGUGCGCGAGCUGUGCGCCUAUGCCACGGUGCUCAGCGUGGCCAGUCUGAGCGCAGAACGUUGCCUGGCUGUGUGCCAGCCCCUGCGGGCCCGCAGCCUGCUGACGCCUCGCAGGACCCGCCGCCUGCUGUCGCUGAUCUGGGCCACCUCGUUCGGCCUCGCCCUGCCCAUGAUUGUCCUCAUGGGGCAGAAAUAUGAGUUGGAGACGGCCGAUGGGCAGCCCGAGCCAGCUUCCAGAGUGUGCACCGUGCUGGUGAGCCGCCUCACCCUCCAGAUCUUCAUCCAGGUGAAUGUACUGGUGUCUUUCGUGCUCCCACUGGCAUUGACUGCUGUCUUGAAUGGUAUCACCGUGAGUCACUUGGUGGCCCUUUGUUCCCAGGUGCCGUCCACCUCUGCCACUGACAGCUCUGUCUCCAGCCAUCUGGUGCUGGCAAGUGAGAAAAGGGAGACAUCAUUCCUGAGAGAUCAGGCUGUCCUGAUGAGACGCAAGGUCUCAGGCCAGAUCCGUGGCUUGCAGCACAGCAUCCAGGUGCUCAGGGCCAUCGUGGCAGUGUAUAUCAUCUGCUGGCUGCCCUACCAUGCCCGAAGGCUUAUGUACUGCUACAUCUCUGAGGACGGGUGGACUGAAACACUCUACGAUUUCUAUCAUUACUUUUACCUGGUGACCAACACGCUUUACUACGUCAGCUCAGCUGUGACCCCCGUGCUCUACAACGCUGUGUCCUCUUCCUUCAGAAAACUCUACCUGGAAGCUCUGGGAAAACUGUGUGGCAGACACAGCCCUAGGCAGCCAUUACCUCUGAGGGUUCCAGAUAGUGUCAAGCUCUGGGCAGCCCCCAGAAACACCGAGCUGGAGGAAAUAGAAGAGUGAGUAGAAGUGACUGACAGGUCAGUCACUAAUGCUAGAUGAGCCAGUAAUCACUGAAAUCUGCUUUGUGAUUAGAGGAUUUAGCCAGGAGCCCACUCAGCUAUUUUCAAAGCCUAACUACAGCCAACCACAGCCUCUUCACCUGUGUGAGGACAUGAGAAGCACUCAUUUCUCAGUGUUAGCAGCAGACUAAAGUGCUUAGCACAGCAGCUGUGCUUAAUAA